AUAUUAUUACGUCAAAGUUGGCGCGUUCUUUGGAUAUCAAUAUUGGUUUUAUUUAACAAGUUCAUUUAUUCACAUGUUUUUCGAGUAAUAUAUUAUAAAUGGAGACACCUAAGAGUGCUAGGAAGCCAAAACCUGCUCGUAAUCCAACACCACGACUAUCUGAACGUAAGAAGAGUUUAUUUGUAGAUAGAUAUUCCACACUUGCGGGAAAUGAUGUGAUGGAGGGAAUCGAAUUACUUGAUCCAUCAGAUAGUAACAUGGAAAAUAAGUCUGUCAUGACAAGGAGUAUGCGUAGCAUUGAACCUUCAUUGCAAUCGAAUUGUUCAACCUCCAUAAGUUUUCUCAGCGAUGUGUCAAUUGGAGUAAAAAGCUCUGAAUACACGUCACCUUUACGAAGAAGUCCUCGCAACAAUGUGAAUAAGCAAUCGGAGGGCACUCUUUUAAAACCUGUGGGUGGCAAGGAAAAUACUCUGAAAUAUGCUGAUUUAGAGAGUGCUGACGACCAGCUUCAAAACAUGUUCAACAAAUCGAUGAGGAUAACUUCGCGUCAUUACGAAAAUGCCAAAGCUGAGACACAAAAAAGAAACAUUGAGCAAGUAAAAGAAAGUACGGGAAUGAGUCCUAGAAGGAAAACUGCAAAAUUUUCUAUGAAUGAUAAGGAACUUUCUUCAAUUUCAACUAAAAAGUUUUACUCUGCAUCUCGACCAGGAAACUCACACUCUGAAGUACAAAAGCAAAGCUCUGUACUUUCUAAAAACACUAGCUCUCCUCCAACGAUGAUUAAAAAUAUUUCACCCCGAAGUCGUGGGCGUUUUGAACGUCGCAGUUCUGGGACAGUAAAUAUUAACAAAGGUGUAAAACACAAAAUCCGACGACCCGCGCGCCCGAAUAUUUCAGGAGGAAUCUAUCGCAAGAAGCUGUCUUCUAUAGAAAUAGAUCGAAUUUUAGAGAAUUUGCAUAAUGACAAUUUAAAGAAUCGCAUUGCUUUAAACCGAGAAGAACGUCAAAAUAUAGAAAAGAUACAUAACAUUUUUCGUUCUUGUAAAAAUCCCAUUGAAAUGGCUCGACCGCUCACUGUUAUAUCUGGGAUGGAUGACACUAACAAUAACUUGACGGAUUAUGUUUUGUCUCCGAGUAAAAAAAAUAAAGAAUUUAAAAUUGAUGAAAUUGAUGCCGAUUUCUCCGACAUAGAUAGUAUUUUCGAUGAAUAUGAGGACCUGCCGAACGAAGAGGAAAUCAUUCCUCUCAUUUCUCAUCAGCCCGCCAGCAUAGAAGCUGCAUUAGGUGAAAGUGAAACUGAAGCAAGGACCACAACUCUGACAAAACGAAAGUUUUUCAAAUCUGGUCGUUCUAACCAUACACCAAAAGAAAUUCAUAUAACCGAUAAUAUCAAAGCUUCUAUUUGCAAUGGCAAAUUAUCUCUGAUACCAGAAGAGAAAAAGACGAAAAAGAAACCAAAGCGACGCCCAUCAACAACGUAUGAUAUCACGGAUGAACAAGCUACCGUUGAAGCGAUUUUGAAAAAUUUGAACGACACUGCCUAUAAUGAUGUAGGUAUUGAUAAAGAUAUGAAAAGUAUAUCUAAUUCUGAACAAAAACAAAACCAUACAGCAGAGUCGGGUGUCAUUCAGCUUGACUCUGAUAGAGAUUAUUCAAAUUUCCGUAAAAGGUUGCCGUAUAACACAAAUGAUCCCUCAGUUGUGGAGCAACAGCAUUUAUUACUUGAUUUCCUUAUAAAUAAUAACAUGUGCACAGAAGAAAAUUUCACAAUAUUCAUAGCAGAUCCAGAUAAUCACAAAGAGGAAGCUGCACGAAUUGUUGAUCAAGUGUUUGUAUUAGUCAAUGAGCAGGAUUACUAUCGGCAGCGUAUACCAUAUAACACGAGUGACUCAGAAAUCGAAAUGCAGCAACAUCGAAUGCUUGACUUCCUUAUUGAGAACAAUAUGUGUACGGAAGAAAAUUUUGACAUUUUUAUCGCGAAUUAUAACCUCAGACAUAAAGAGGCAGAUGAGAUAAUGGCUACUAUUCGCAAUCAAGGUAAUGGAAUAUCAUCCAGAAGUGAUUUGAAAAUUGUUUUAUGUGAUGACACGCAACCCAAGAAAAUGAUCACUGAAAAUAACAAUGACUCCAAAAAUACGACAAGCAAUAUUGAAAUUUCACAGGCGACCGCGAAAGUUAUAGAACCUUCCAGUGGUGGAACCCUUUUGCCUUUACCAACUACUCAUUCUGGGGACGACACUGGAGCAGCAAAUUACCCUAUAUUUAAUAAGCAACGGUGGAAACCAAUACAGCAGCAAUCUACGCGGAACUUUGCGCGAUUGUGGAAUUUAGGUCAGGGUACCGAUCAAUACCAAAUCGAUGCAGGUCAAACCGAAUUUGGUGCUCAUCAGUGUAAACAGUGUGGACUUGUUUACAGCAUACACGAGCCAGAAGAAGAAAAACUACACAACGACUAUCAUGCGUCCUUGAACUUGUUGCGUUUUAAGGGGUGGAUCGAUGAAGAUAUUGUAGCUAUUUAUCCAGAAUGGGGUGCAGAUGGCCGUAUAUUACGUAUCACAGAGACCUCGCAUAGUCGACGACAUGAACGCCUUGCUGAUAUCUUGAAGAUUGUCGACAAGGAACUUGGAUAUUCAUCUUAUGUUAUUCCACAAAUUUUUGUUGCAUAUUUGGCGGUACGAAAGUUUCAAAUUGUAGGCGUAUGUUUAGUCGUGCCACUCGAGAAAGCAAAUAAAUUUCUUAAAGUAAAUGGAAUGGAUUGUUGCACCGAAGAAGUGUACCCAGCAAAAUGUGGCAUAUCCCGAAUUUGGGUGUCCCCUCUACAUAGACGCCUGCAUAUAGCAUCAAAACUAAUUCAUGCGGUGCAGCAGAACACGAUAUUUGGAGAAGAGAUACCUCUUGAAAGAAUAGCGUUCAGUUCCCCAACCGAAAAUGGACGGCUAUUUGCUCAGAAUGCAACACAAAUGGAAAAUUUCUUGGUAUACCAGUGAGACAAGUUAUCAAGAUCGAUAUUAAUUUUUGUAUAAUAUAAUUGUGCAGCCCUUAUAUCACAUUCUCAUGAUUGAAUAAUUGAAUCAUGUAUCCUGCAUAGCCAUGGUACAUUAAUUACAGGUAUUGUCUUCCCAGAGAGUUUUGCUUCACAUCGAAAUUCGUGCUCCCUUAUUUUCAUUUUGACUCAGUUCAAUGUUGAUUCUUUUCGUUUUGUUUGGCUUUG